ACCCGUACUCUCUCUGUUUCUAAACCCCCUCACCAAUUCUCGCACUCGAGAAUUUUUCCGGAAAAUCUCACCCUCAUUUCUCAGCCAAGAGAAAGACCAACAAAAAAAACAUUCGAAUUCCUUCUUAAUUCUUUCCCGAUUCGAAGGAUAGAGAAAGAGAAAAGAAAAGAAAAAAAAAAGUUAAUGGCAUCACUGGGAUCUCCGUCUUCAUCAUUCUGGUGCUACCGCUGCAACCGCAUCGUUAGGGUUCCACAAAACGACGCCGUUCUCCUCUGCCCAGAUUGCAACUCCGGCUUCCUAGAAGAGCUACAAACCCCUCCCCACUCGCGCCGAUCCACGCGCGGCGGCGGCGGGUCCCCCUUCAACCCGGUAAUCGUCCUCCGCAACGCGAACGACGUCGUCUCGCCCGAAACGCGGAACUUCGAACUCUACUACAACGACGCCGUUUCAGGUUCCUCCGGCCCAAGCACUCUCCGCCCCUUACCGCAAGGAGUAACCGAGUUUCUUUUGGGCUCGGGCUUCGACAAUUUACUCGACCAGCUCGACGGCGCCGCGGGGGGCAGCGCUCCGCCUCCCCCCGCGGCGGCGUCGAAAGCGGCGAUUGAGUCGAUGCCGGUGGUUAAGAUCCUCGCGAGCCACACCUACGCAGAAUCCCACUGCGCGGUUUGCAUGGAGAAUUUUGAGAUCAACUGCGACGCACGUGAGAUGCCGUGCGGGCACGUGUACCACUCAGAGUGCAUCGUGCCGUGGCUCUCGGUGAGAAACUCGUGCCCCGUGUGCCGCCACGAGGUUCCUUCCGAUGAAGUUGAAGAAAGUAAUAGUAAUAGUAACAAUAAUACUGUGGGGUUGACUAUUUGGAGACUUCCUGGGGGGGGAUUCGCUGUGGGCAGGUUCAUCGGAGGGAGGGAGCUCCCGCUGGUUUACACGGAGAUGGACGGAGGGUUUAACGGCGCUAACGGCGCUCCCAGAAGAGUCGCUUGGGAUAGCUCUGUUGGGAGGUCUAGGGAGAGCAGAGGGUUCGGUUCUGCUCUGAGGAAUGUCUUUUCGUAUUUCGGGAGGGUGAGGAGCUCGUUUUCUCGCCGAACGAGAAAUUCGCGUGCCAACGGAAGAUCUCGCUCUUAAAAAAAAAACACUGCAAUUUCCACCGUAACCUCAAGGUUUUUGAGGUCACUGACUCUGUAAAGCGGUCUCGCAAUCGGCGUCACCACAUUGGUCGCGUUUUGUCAUAUCAAAGACUCGGCCGGGACGAGACCCCGCAAUAAGGUUUUGAAAAAAACGUGAUUGCAAUUGCGGUCGCAUCAGCUGCUUCUGUCUGCAAUUUUUUCUGUAGUAUCGGAAACAAUCACGAUACUGCAACCCCGACCACAGUGGGAUUUUCAAUUUUUUGUGAUGUUUUUAGUUUACUGAGUAUUCGUUUGAAUUUUUAGGGGAAUUGCGAUUUUUUUUUUUUUUGUAAUGUUUUUAGUCUGUUAAGUAUUCGAUUGGAUUCUGAUACUGUAAAUAACUAUAACUGAUAAAACGGUUUCUGGAAAUUGCUGAAUGGCGGUUUUGGAUUGGCACAGGGUUUUGGGAACUGGAUAAGAGCAUUCAGGCAGUUGUGAAUUAGUGCUGUUGGAUAAGGAUCAGACGGUUUAAACUUCUGAUAUGUAUUUUUAUAAUUGAUAAUUUAUUUAUGAGAUAAAAAUAUGAUUUGUAUUUCCUGAA